GAGCAAAUAAACAGAGGCAACCGACUGACGUGGUUGUGAAAUUGACGACGUCACGACGAUUUGCGGCGGGAAGUGGGUUCCGAACAACAAUUAAUUGUAUAUAUAUAUAUGUUUUUUAUAUAUUAAAACACUUUUUGGGGGACACAAAAGGCCACUUUGGAAGGUAAGUAGAGCACCAUCUUUGCAAGUGCCUGUUUUCUAGAAGUGAUAAGCGAAAGUGAAAGUAGUCUUCUGAAUGGUAUAGACAAGUUUGUAACUUUUGAUGGGAAGACUACCAUUUCAGAAAGAUAAAGGUUGCCUAAACAUGCCGAGAGAGGACGUCAAGGAAUGUUUGGGAUAUUCUUAAAAGGUUUGGUCGGUGUUGCUUAGAGUGCGAUAUGAAUUCGUUAUGAAUAGUCUAUAAUCCAUUUUUUUUCCCUGCAUGAUAAGUGUCUCAAACUGUAUAUGCUGUAUCCCCAUCUGUAUUCAUUGAUCAUUUCCCUUUUCCGCAAUAAAUUACAAUGUAUUUAUAAGAUUAACCCUAAUCCUAACCUCAGCACGAACUCUAACCCUAACCUUAACCCUCCUUUACAAAGGCCUACAGUGUAAGUACAGUGUAACACUGAGUAGUUACAAUAGUCCCUAUUUAUACCACACUGUCUGGAAUACAGGAAUAAUUACACACGUUUUUCUCACCUAUUCUAAUAUUCUGUGUCUAGUGAUUGACCUACAAUGGCGUCUCGUUCGGUACCGGGUCUGCUGCUGGAAACGCUGAAGAAUCUGGGCAAAUCUGAUCUGAAGGAAUUUCAGUGGCACCUGAUAAAUGGUGGUGUGUUGGAUGACUGCUGCUCUAUCCCAAAGGCCCGGUUGGAGUGUGCUGAAAGGGAGGACACUGUGGAUAGAAUGGUGGAAACUUACAUGGAAAAGGGUGCUGUGAAGAUCACACUGGCGAUUCUGAAGGUGAUGAAACAAAACAAUCUUGCCAAGGAUUUAAAUGAUAAGUACACAGGUAAUACAUCAGUUUUGAAGAUAUUAUGGUAUUCCCUGUCUAAUGAUAGAAAGGGCUCAUCCAUUUGAUCUGAUUCUCAUACUGCACUUAUGUUCUGUUUUGUCAGAACAAUGUAAACCAUUAUGAAGGAGAAAUGCAGUUAAAUGUUAUUGUCUAUUUCCUCUCUCGCUCCCCCCUCCCCCUUCUCUCUCUCGCUCUCUCGCUCUUUCUCUAGCUCUAGCAGGAGGUCCAGGCCAUGUUGGGGUAGCAGGUGCAGGGAGGGGAUCUUCUGCUGUCCAACCCAUCACAAUCUCAGCUCAGAAUGGGAGCUAUGCCUUUUGUCCCAUAGUGACUGGUAACACUGUUGCUGGAUCAAUCAAUUUCCCUACAGGUAAUGAUUGGCAAUAUAAAAUACGCAAUUAUCCAAAAUGAUUUCAAACAAAAUAAUCAACUGAGAAUUGCACGCAUAUGAGACAUGAAUAGUGUUCAAUUAAACAUAAAUAGAUAUCACUCACUCAAUAAUCUUAAUCGCAGCAGCUGGCACAUAGGAGAGCACAAAUGAUCUCCACUUAAUUAAUCUGCAUGAAUUGAUAUACCUUCUCACUUCUUGCAGGCCCUGCAGCAUCCCAACUUCCCAGGUCCCUGAAAGAAGCAGACCCUUUCCUGGUGUCAGACCUGGAGGGAUAGAUCACCUCCUAAUACACUGCCAUAUCC